AUGACAUUAUGGCCCGCCCUUGUUCGAAUGCGCUCAAUACUCACAUUUAGCGAUAUCAUGGAUACUGUGGAAUUAUCACAGAAAGCAUAUCAGGCAGUGGAAGAGUUGGAAUUGAUCGACCAAGAACUGAGCAGUUUCAUACAAGGUAAAGAAUUGCUUAGAGAGGUCCCUUCUUCUCAGCUGAAUGAUACACUUCCUACCAUGUUUGAGGUGAAAGAGACGAUGGCAGCGAUGGCGAUAUGCCAUCAUGCAAUUCUCAGCAUCAUUGUCCGUCGCAUUUUGAUUUCAGUGAUUACAACAACGCCCGAGGAAGCGGUGCAACCCGAAUGCGACAUCUUUCGAUAUUCCCAUCGAGUAUGGAUGCUUAUAGAGCAUCGUAGACUUCACAAACCAUUGGGGCUACCUGCGAUGCAAGCCGCACUUAUAUUCACAUUCGAGUCGGCGCGAGAUCAAAGAACAAAGGAGAGAAUGCUUGAAUCGUUGGAUGAUCUUGAUCUUUUUUGA